AACAGCAAUUGGAGAGGAAGCACUGCACUUCACCAGGAUGUCUGUGAAAUGCAUUUCAGUUCUGCUGCUGCUGCUACAGCUGAGCUGCUGCUUCAGCUCUGGGAGCUGUGGGAAGGUGCUGGUGUGGCCUAUGGAAUUCAGUCACUGGAUGAAUAUGAAGACAAUCCUGGAUGCACUUGUCCAGCGAGGCCAUGAAGUCACUGUCCUGAGAUCUUCAGCUUCUCUUGUAAUUGGUUCCAACAAUGAAUCGGGAAUUAAAUUUGAAACUUUCCAUACAUCCUACAGUAAAGAUGAAAUCGAGGACUUUUUCAUGGAUUGGUUCUAUACAAUGAUAUAUAAUAUGUCGUUAGAUAGUUAUUGGGAACACUUUUCAGUAAUGAAAAUGGUUGUUUUAAAAUAUUCUGACAUUCAUGAAGCUAUCUGCAAAGAGGUCGUUUUGAACAAGAAACUCUUGACAAAGCUGCAGGAAUCAAGAUUUGAUGUUGUUCUUGCAGAUCCUGUUAGUCCUGGUGGUGAGCUGCUGGCUGAGCUACUUAAAAUACCCCUCGUGUACACUCUCCGCUUCUUUCCCGGAUACAUAUUGCAAAAGCACGGUGGAGGACUCUUAUUGCCUCCUUCCUAUGUACCUGUUAUGAUGUCUGGUCUAAGCAGUCAAAUGACAUUCAUGGAGAGGGUGCAAAAUCUGCUAUGCAUGCUUUACUUUGACUUUUGGUUCCCAAAAUUUAAUGAGAAGCGAUGGGAUCGAUUUUACAGUGAAGUACUGGGAAGACCUGCUACAUUCUUGGAGCUAUUGGGGAAAGCUGACAUGUGGCUCAUUCGAAGCUACUGGGACUUGGAGUUUCCUCGCCCACUUUUACCAAACUUUGAUUUCAUCGGAGGGCUCCAUUGCAAACCUGCCAAACCUCUGCCUCAGGAGAUGGAAGACUUUGUGCAGAGCUCUGGAGAAGAGGGAGUGGUGGUGUUUUCCCUGGGGUCCAUGAUCAGUAACCUGACAGAAGAAAGGGCCAAUGUGAUUGCAUCAGCUCUUGCCCAGCUGCCACAGAAGGUUCUUUGGCGAUUUGAAGGCAAGAAACCAGACACGUUAGGAUCCAACACUCGGCUCUAUAAGUGGAUGCCCCAGAAUGACCUUCUUGGUCAUCCAAAAACCAAGGCUUUUAUAACUCAUGGUGGAGCCAAUGGUGUCUUCGAGGCAAUCUACCAUGGAGUUCCUAUGGUGGGCAUUCCUUUGUUUGGAGAUCAACUUGAUAACAUUGUCUACAUGAAGGCCAAGGGAGCAGCUGUUAAGUUGGACUUGAAAACAAUGUCAAGUGCAGAUUUGCUCAAUGCCUUGAAGACAGUCAUUAAUGACCCUUCCUAUAAGGAGAAUGCCAUGACGUUAUCAAGAAUUCACCACGAUCAGCCCAUGAAGCCGCUGGACCGAGCAGUCUUCUGGAUCGAGUACGUCAUGCGCCACAAAGGAGCCAAACACCUUCGGGUUGCAGCCCAUGACCUCACCUGGUACCAGUACCACUCUCUGGAUGUGAUUGGGUUCCUUCUGGCCUGUGUGGCAAUCACUACUUACCUUGUCAUGAAAUGUUGCCUUCUUGUUUAUCGAAAUGUUGUUGGGGCAGGAAAGAAGAAAAAGAGGGAUUAGAGCUUGUUAAUUUCUAAGGCUGUUAAUUUACCAGAGUUGAAAUCAUUCCUUUUAUAUCAAAGACUAUGUAUCAUUGUGUGGAAGGUGGUCCUUCUCAUUUGGUCAGACCUGUGCCUUCCUGAUUUUUCCAAAUGUUUCAUUCUUGAUUAAACAUUUAGAAACACACAACUCAAAUUGCAGAGAUCCUCAAGUAAUUCUACUUUUCUCACAGCACUGAAAAAUGACUCUCUGGAACUUUAACCUGCUGGUGGUUGAGGAGUGUAGCCUGAAGUUUUUAUGUGCAUUUCCAGAAACAUCAUCUAUUGAAUACAAUACAAUCAAGUAGAACAUUUGUAUCCAAACCAAAGAAAACCAGAGCCAAAUCCUGGUAAAGAGGGGUACACAGAUUUUUCCAAGAUUUCCAUGAAUCUAAGAGAGAUUCCAAGAUAAACUGACCUGAACUUUAACUAACUCAAAGUGACUCUGAUAUUAAAAAAGAUGGAAAGUGAGGGUUGAGUAGAAAGAGUGUGAACCACAAGUAAGAAAAAAAAAUUUAUGUAAAAGGAACAUUAGAGAAGAAUGAAGUAGAAAACCACUAAAAGUGAUUAUCAAAGUGUGUUAGAAAAAGUCCAUUUUGCAAUUUGACAAAAUUGUGUUUUCUUCAGCAAAACUAAGCCAUGGAUGACAGGUUCACCUUUAGGGAUAUAGCACGUGACCCAGGGCAGAUGCAAGACUGAGCAACCUUGCUCAAGUCUUUUAGCACGGUGCUUAGGAAACUCUUUUGUACUACAUGGGGUUCAGAGUUCACAUUUCUCAUGAAAUACAAAACAUGUCAUCAAGAAAAAUUCUUUUUGACUUGGAGGGCCCUAACAAAACUUACUAACUAAAUCUGUGUAAUCUUGUAAAUUAUUUGGUUAGAAAGGUGAGAUAUAUUUUCUACACUAUGCCUUGAAAAUGCUUGAGUUACAAUUUUUGCUUUAUUUAAUAUAUACAAAUCUAGAUUUCCCUCCUCCUAUAGGAUGUUCUUCUAUUACUUAGCCCUGCCUUUUCAAAUCAGAUACUUCCAACUAAUAUAAUAACCAGGAUACUGAGGAUAUGGAAACCAGAAGUUGUUUUUUUUUUUUUUUAAUGUAGACUCCCCUCGCAAUACAUAAAAUAUAACAUUGUGGAUGGCAUGAAAAGCUACUUAUCAUGCACACCAAUUUUUAAAACGUAUUUUGGAGAAAGUUGUUUAAAUGGAAAAAUAGCUCCAUGUCUUGCCUUUAAACAUUGUUUACCAAAGCCUUUGGACACAGAAAUCUGAUGGCAAAGUAAACAUAGAGAACAAAGAAAACAAGUAGAUGAUAAAUUUUAGCCUAAUAAGAGAUAUUUUUAACAGUCUUGUGGGACAGAAGCCUGCAUAAGAUUUGCAAGCACUCUUUUACACUACAAAAUAAUUUUUAGCAAUAAUUGUUAAUGUAACUACUUGUGAUAUUUAUGUCCAGAAUAAUAAAAGGACAAGUGCUUUCUUUUAUUAAAUUUUUUGUUAAUGCAUUGUUACAAGAGGGGAAACUUAUACAUGUCCAUUAUUAUGAAUAAUGAAGUUCUACAUACAUUGCCAAAGCAAAAUUCAAGUCUCUUUAUAUACACAUGAAGUAACCAACACAGAUUGAAUAAUGAUGUUGUUAAAAUCGAGAUUUUUUAAAAUCCAGUCAGAUAAAUAAAAAUAUUUGAAUAUAUAUGUAUAUAUAGUGGUGAUCCAAGCAGUUUUGUGAUUUCUUUUAUUUUUUGAGAAAUCUUAGCACAUGAAGCAAACUACAUAUCAAUAAUUAGGAAAUAUGCAGACAUGAUACACUUGUCAGUGGAUCAUAAAAAUCAAAAUACACAUUAAAUCUUUAAAAUCAUACAA